AUGGCACCUUUCUCACGUCUCGUUCGGUUCCGCAACCCCGCUGGACAAAUAUUCUAUGGAGAAGUUCCUGGUGAUGAGUUAACCACCAAAGAGUCUCUACAAGGCAGUCAGGUGGCUGUAUACAAGGGCGAGACACCAUUCGAUAACGACUUCAGCCUGACGGAUCAAAAAGAGGAGAUUGCAGAGGUCCUCGCUCCGCUAGCUCAUGUACCAGUUUUUGAAUGCGUCGGAGUCAACUAUCUCAAACAUGUCCAGGAAACAGGGGGCGAACCACCAAAACAUCCUGUGAUAUUCAAGAAAGCGCCAGAUGCCCUCGCGGGACCCUUUGAAGACGUACCUAUACAUCCAGAAUGCCAGUCUCAGAUGGACUAUGAAGCUGAACUGUGUGUCAUUAUCGGCAAGGACUGUAAGAACGUCUCGGCAGAUGAUGCACUCGACUACGUACUGGGGUACACGGCCGGUAACGACGUUUCAGCGCGGUACUGGCAGUGGAAGGAGAGAUCCGGCGGCCAACAUGGAUCCGCGAAGGGAUUCGACAAGUUUGCCCCGAUCGGGCCUGUUAUCGUGUCACCCAGCGCAAUUGGAGACCCACACGACUUGUCACUCAAGACCAUUGUCAACGGAAAGGAUGUCAGGCAAGAAUCGAGAACGGAUGAUCUGAUCUUCAAAGUGCCAGAGAUCAUUCAGCACUUGAGCCGAGGCACGACUCUGAGAAAAGGAACAGUGAUCAUGACGGGCACUCCAAGCGGAGUGGCAGCGUUCAUGAAACCCCCAGGAUUCCUGCAAGAUGGAGAUGUUGUUGAAGUGGAGAUUGAGAAGAUCGGGAGACUGCAGAACAAAAUGGUCUUUGAAUAGGGCACAUACAGUGUGUAAUGCAAAAAGCGCGCUUCAAAGAUUGAAUGGAACUGCAACGUCACAACGAUGCAAGACACGGUCUGCACAAAGGUCUAUGUCAUCCAGUACAAGAGCGGCCAGCAUUCGGAGGAUGUGAGCGAACACACAUAUUAGACUAG